AUGUGGAUCGUGUCGCCGUGGCUUCUUCUCGUCAUUUCCCCAAUUCUCAUCAACGCUAAGUCACUGAGCGGAAUUGAACUCAAGGACCAAUCAUGUUCCUAUGCAAACGAGGUCAUACGUAUGGCAUGGCAGUACGACGAUGCCAGUACCGAGAUCGUCUUCAAGAUGACCGCCAAGUCGAAAGGCGUUAAGAACUUCUGGGCAGGGGUAUUUAUAGGAGAGGAAGACCCGGUUGAUUCGAUUGGAGCCUCUGUAAGGAAUGGCCAGAUUGGUGUCAUGGACGGACAUGUGGCCGAAGGCGGCCGAGUUGAGCUGGACAACGUCACCAAUGUGCAGUCACUGCUGUUUGAUCUGCAGAACGACGUACUGACGGCAGAAUUCGCCCGACCGUCUUACACGAACGAUCACUUCGACGCAGACCUGUCGAACUGUGUUACGUUCUUUUUCCCCACGGAAGUCGUUAGAAUCGAUGGAAAUGGCAAGUUGUUGGUUCCGAAACGUAUGGAAACCCGACGGAUAUGUGACAUCCCGGUGACAUGCAGCAAUAGGGACCACUCAUCAGGCUAG